AACCAGAGGAACCGGAGUAAGUACAGGAUUGUAUUCUGGUUAUAUCCAGAGCAGUAAACAUUCAGAGAACUACGCAAACGGAGAGGAAUCUGCAGAAGCAAGAAAUACUGAAACUGCGGACAGAAUAAUUACUAUGCAAUGGAGUAAACAGAGGAACAGAAAGAUUUCUGUAUAUCUGUAAAGAAUAAAUCAAGGCAACUGGACGUACUGUAGAUUUCUUGAAAAAGAUUUCUGUAGCAUAAUAAUAAUACGUCAAUGUAUACGUCAAACGGAUGGGAAAAACAUGAUGUGAACCUAGAGGCUCAUUAGCAUAUAUUAAAACAUCCUUUUUCUCAGCAAUGCGGGCACAUAUGAACAUGGGACCAACACGGAUGUCUUCAGCUGCCAAGUGCACAUGUAACAGGGUUGUUCUUCAGUGCCUUCCAGACUUUUAAGAGUGGUAUAUCUAUAUUAAGCUAGCCAUUCCAGCGCUCACAUCAUCGUUAUGCAUCAACCAACAGCUCCAAUAAUUCCAAUUUUGAAUAAAUGGUUCCUCUUUGUGCAUACACCAUCAGACCCACAAAACCCAAGUAGAAGAUAUCUACAAUGCCCAGCAACAGGACAUCUCUAUUGUACAUCAACAGGAAGCUUAUACCAGAAGACGAUUAUUUCACUGUCUGCCAAAAGUUCUCCUUUAUUAAGUAUCAAUUCUGGUUUACUUCCCUGUAAUUCUUCUGCAUACAGUCAGAGUAUAUCUGAACCAACUGCAAAAAAAGAAAAGAAGAAAAGUAGCAGAAAAACAAAAAAUAAAUCAGUUCCUAUACUGGACAAUUCUUCUGCAACUACUAAAAAGAAGGCGUCUGUUUUAAGCAAAAAGAAAAAAUCUACCGUGACCCCUCAGCCCAAGUCCACCCCAUCAUUUGUCUUCAUUCGUAAUUCUUUUUCAAGCCUUAAGAAGCCAGCCUCAAUAACCCAGACUGUAAAUCAAUGUAAAGCAGUCAUUCAUCCUGAUAACAAUCUCUCUGAAAAAAACACAAAAAAGUCACACAUUUACUAUACAGUCUAUCUGCAUCACAUGGUCAAGUUCAUACAACCUAUAAGAAUUAAUUUUGAAGACCUUUUAUUUCCACAGAAUGUGUUUCUUAAACAUGAGCUAACAAAGUUUUCCAGAAAGCGUGCAGAAGAAAAUAUUCAAAUUGUUCAAAAGCAUCAGGGUUCCCCAAAACGUAAAAGAAGGAGGAAACCACCAUCUCUAUGUCUCAGCAAUGAAGAAUACGUUCUGCUUUGUUCAGGAAACAUUUUCAAGGAGAAAACUGAGAAAAAAAAGAAGCUUGGGCCACUUUUUCAGGUUUUCAAAUUCAAAACAGCAGGCGACAUCCUCACCAUGAUAGGCAAUGAUCUUUAUUGAGCAUCAAGUAUAAAAAUUACAUAAUGCUUUCCUCUUUACCUAAGAUUAUUCACAGUGAUAGACUGGAAGGAUACAGAGAACUGGCUCCUGCUAGUGAAGUGCUUACACGAGUGUCCUGACAGUACCCUGCUUGUAGUGGAAUGGGACAUAUUACGCCUUUUGAAUGGACCAUGCCUACUACACUCAAAUUCAGUGUCAUAUGGCUGUUACUGACACUCCAUAUACAGAGCUAAUUACACAUAAGGAGACUCAUUUUCUUCCUGUAUAUUUUGAAUGUAAUUUUGGGAAACAGACAAAGGUGACACUGGAAACAUUCUUCACUAGUAACAUUCAACUUACUUGGGAAAGAUUGAGUCAAACCCAAAUAAUGUUACAUUAGAUAGUGACAUGAGAAAUAUCAUUAUACAGGGUGAGUCUCAGGACACCCUUUUA